AUGGCACAGACAGCUGAAUCCCCGUCUAUUGACGGGUUUCUACAAGACCCGCGCUUCCACCAGAGCUUCACGUUUCCCGUCAACCCCUCAGAAGGUGAAAAUCAGACGACUCUUCAAGUCAAGUACGUCGACUUUGGAUAUCGCAACGAAGCCAACCCUGAAGAGGAGAAUGUUCUACUAUUCUUUCCUCCACUAAUGGCCUCCCGUCUGCUCCAUAUUACUAAAGAUGACUUGGCGAAACGGCACAAGGUCCGCUUCAUAAGUCUGGACCGGCCGGGAUUUGGCGGGACUGAUGAGGUUGCGUUGGAGAAACGAGUCAGUAUUAGUCGAGAGAUGGUAUUGGCACUACUCAAGCAUCUCGGGAUCAAGCACGUUUCUGUCGCCUGCCACAGCGGAGGAACUGUCUACGCAUUUGACAUGCUCCUGCACCAUCCCGAGAUUCUGCAUCCGGAUCGCCCAUACUUUGCCAUCGCCGCACCCUGGAUCUUGCCCUCUCACUCUCACGUUCUGUCCAUGACCUUGACUCAGGCCAUACCGAACGGUGUGAUGGCACACGCAGACAAGGUGAUUGGCUUUGUCAACAGCACUCUGCUUCCGGUUAUUUCCACUUCGACCGGCUUCAGCCAGACUUUCGUCAACUUGACCAAAAGCAGUCAACCGGAUGCAAGCGGUGAUCCAGACGCCAAAUUCGAGGAGUCACUAGCGCCGAAACAAUUCAAGUUGAUACACUCCGAGAACAUCCGUGGCAUGUCUCACGAGCCGAUCUUCCUCAUGCAAAACAUCAAGGAGAUUGACGGCUGGGGCGACUGGAAAGACUACGACGAUUUGAAGCCAAAACUGGUCGAGGCACUCAAGAGGACAACUACCAAGCCUCUUUCUAUGGAUGUAUUCUUCGCCGAGAAGGAUCACAUGGUUGGAGAUGCUGCUACUCAGGGCCCCGAAUGGUUUGAAAAGUGUUGGAACGCUGAGGAGGCGAAAGAUGUCAUAUCAUAUUCCAGCACUGUCCUCUCGGGUGCGGAUCAUGAGACAGCCUGGAGCAUUGCACUAGGGGUUCCAAAGCGUGUUUUCGAGAGGAUUUCCGGUCAAAAUGCUUAG